AUGAACUGUCAUCUCACUCCGCGAUAAGUAGGCUAAAAGAUAAAGGAUUAUGGUAUUGUUGCACAAGUUAGGUACAUUUGCAAGGAAUGAAGAAUAAAAAAUCUAAAUCUACAAAGACCGGAGUCAACAGAAAGAAAGUUCCCAGUGAUGUGUCUCCCUCGACAAGUCUCCCACCGCUUGUGGAGGGACAGUUGCGGUGCUUUCUCCGAGUGACCGUGAGCAGGGUCCUGUGGACGAUCACCAAGCCGCCACAGAACCCUCAGAUAAGGAUAAGAUGGUGGGGAGAAUCGUCCUCUGGAACCCUGUUCCGUCCAAGGGAUGGGUCUCUUGUGGCACAGAAGGGUAUUCAGUCCACUGCCCGCUUUCCUGUUCGCUGUGGACCAAAGCAGUUUGCAUCCUAUUUGACCGAUAUGGGCACCCUUGUUCUGGAUGUUGUGACCAAACCUGACCACUUGCCUGUUGCCCGAGCUCAGAUCGCUGGGCUGUCACGUCUCUCCCUGUCCAACUCCAUCGGUGGAUUUUUCACAGUGAUUUCGCCUACAUCGGAAAAAAUGGGAGAACUACAGGUGGCACUUGCGUUGGAGCCUCUAGCGGAGUCCUAUGACAGCAGCAGCUCAUUCCCCACCCCUGACAUGAGCCUGGACGCCGCGCCGAAGACCCUGCCUGAUCAGAAUGUCCUGCUGCUGCCGUCCAGACCUCGCUCUCUCUCCGGCAAGGAGUCACUGGGCAGCGGCGCUAAUACACCACGGGGAGUAGAUCACCUGUACUUUCCAGAGAAGUCGAGAGGUCUGCCGGGUGAAGGUCAGUUCGGACCAGAGGGAGGGAGACCUACAGGAGCCCCAGAUGGACCCCUCGCCUCUGCCCAAAACCCACAACCCAACGACCUCCUCUCAGCUUUGCUUGAGCGCGGCAGCAAACUGCGAGAAGCCAUGGUGAUGUCGUCGCUGAGGACUGAGCUGGACUGUGAGCCAGUGCUGAAGGACACAGCAUUGCCUCUGCCUAAAGACAACGUCAGAUCUACCUCUUUACCGCCACUCCUGCCUUCAUCUGGGAGGUUAUUUCACGAACUCCUGAGCUCUGGCAUCAGCCUGCCACAAGGCCCGCAGAGUCCCAGUGCACCGGACAUCCCAGAAUGCACAGCAGACCAUGAGAACAGAGCUGUGGAGCUGUUGCUGGGCAGUAUAAAUGGCUCGCUGCUGGAUGUUUGGGAUGGAGAGGGCUCCCCUCCUCCGUCAUUGUCCGCUUACAGUAGCCUGUGUCUGGACAGCGAGCUCAACGACCCGCAGUAUGACGAGAGCCUCCUGGAGAACCUGUUCUACAAAGCUCCGAUUUCUGACUCAAGUGACCAUGAUGGUGACCUGGAGGACGGCGGGAAGUCCCUCCGAGGCAAGAGAGAAUGCUCCAAACAGGGCAGAGUCCCAGAGGACCAGCGGGUUCCAGAGGGCAGGGACGUGCUGGCCGGGCUCAGCCUGGAUCAGAUCACCACGCUAGGGGGGAUGCGGCUAGCACGGGUCACCGUCCAUUCCCUGGCCGUCCCGGCAGAGAGCUCCGUCACGACCCCACAGAAGAUGGCGGGCAAAGGGAGGCCACCCAGACCAGUCCCCAGCAAGAGAUGCUCCUACUCUGUGGAGUACGUGUUCCCCGAGUCUCCAUCCAGUCAGACUCCACCAGCAGAGGUCACUCGAGUCGUCUCCAGCAAAGUUACUGGAGGAGUUGUGAAGUUCCUGCAGCGCACAGUGUUUCCUGUUCACUUCAGCGGGGCUGCCUUAGAGCAGUGGUGGCAGACAGACCUCACCCUCAAAAUAUACUCCAGGAAGAGCACUCAGAAGAAGCCUGUUCUCCUAGGUACAGCAUCCUUUCCAUUGCGGCCUGUAUUAGAGAGCGAAGACCUCGGCCAUAUUAUUUCAUUGCCUGUUCAAAGUAUCGAGGGAUCUGCUGCCAAGCAGGGAGUUGGCCCUCUAAAGGUGUCCAUCCAGCUGGCUGUGGACAGUCAGGAUUUCGCCACCAAGAAGAAGCCCUCAGCAGUCUCCAAAGCCACUCUCAGCCCACACAAACCCCUCAGUCCUCAUCUCCUGGACCCAGACCCGUUCCCCAGGCCCCGGUCCACUGCCCUGGGUUCUGAGCGCGACCCUCCAGCGCUGUCUCAGCAGCAGCAGCAUGCCGGCAGGACGUCUCGCAGGGACGCUAGCCCCUCACCAACAGUCACCUUCGCCGAGGCCGUCCAGCCUGUCCACCCCAGGGGCAGCCCACCUCGGCCGGGCCUGCGGGCCUCCUCACGGGGGCCUGCGGAGGUGGAGGAGGAGGGGAACGAGGUACUUUUGCACGCCUUACUCGUGGUGCCUGAUGGGAAGGACCUGAGCGGUGGGCCCUCGUAUCAGCCGCCCAACGUCUACCUCAACUGUAAGCUGUUCGGGUCGGACGAGACCGCCAGAUCGGUAGUCAGCUGGGGUCAAACCCACCCCGCCUUCAGCUUCGUACAGGUAGCGCCUGUGGCUUUAACCCAUCGCCUGCUGGAGCGGAUGAAGAACAACAUGAUGGUGAUUGAGGUGUGGCAGAAGGCGGGCAGUCAGAGUGAGGACCGGCUGCUGGGCCUGGUCAAGCUCCCCCUGCACCAGUUCUACAUGUCCUUCAGGGACCACAAGAUCACUCACCUUCUCCUUCAGGCCCAGUAUCCUGUGGUGGCAGUGGACAGCCACAUGCCCAUCGUAGAUGUUUUUUCAGGCAGUGUACGGGGCAGCCUCAGGGUCCUUCUGGCCAUGGGCAUGGCACAGCAGAUUGUGUCACUGCAGCGCAUGAGGGAGGAGGAAAUGCACCCGCUCGCCCAAGUUCCACGACCCAGCCAUUUACUGGACCAGAUACCUCAAAGAGACACAAAGGUCAGUGUGGGUGUGGCGGAGGCUCUGGUGGAGCACGUGUUUGUGGUGCGGGUGGAAAAGGUGCGGGGUCUUGCCCCUCUGCAGUCCACCGUAUGGGGGGAGGCAGACUGCUACAUCCAGUACUCCUUCCCCACCCAAGAGGACGAGGCCCAGCAGCAAGCUGACCCGGACAUUGUGGAGAGCAGUGUGACUCUGAGGCCGUUCCGCACGGCCACCACGCUGUGUGUGCCAGACCCCGUGUUCGGCCACAGCGAGACCCACGUGCUGCUGGCGCCGCCAGGGGUGCCCGUCCAGAAGCUCCUCCUCAGCGCCCUCUCCAGCCAGGGCCUCCGCAGCGGCGGGGGCAUCCAGUUCGAUGUGUGGUGCAGGUAUUACUACCCCAACGUGCGGGACCAGCAUGUGGCCAGGGGGCUGCUGCUGCUCCCUAAGCUGUGUGGGACGGUCACCAUGCAGAGGCAGCAGCAGACGGAGGCCCAGCUGUUCUCCAUACCACUCAUACCCAGGACCGAGGGCAACACCACCCACCAGCCACCACCCUCAGGCUUCCUGGACGUGAGCCUCCAGUAUAAGCACCGUCCACUGAGGAGUGCAGGGGCCAGGGGAGGUGUGGGAGCCGGCCGCUUCGUCACCCUGCUGGUGCAGAUACACAGAGCCGCAGGCCUGAAAGCUGCCGCACGGUGGUUGGCCUCAGAGGACCCCUCGCUGCGCUACUUUGCCGACGCCGGCGUGAACGCCUACGUGAGCCUCCAGCUGUCCUUCCUGUCGGAGAGCGAGCGCGUGUGCACGCGCGUGGUGGCGGGCACCUUCUGCCCCGAGUUCGGCCACCAGGUGGAGGUGCCCUGCAGCCUGCUGGUGCAGAGGGAGGGGGCCGUCACGCGCAGCCUGGCCGAGCUGCUGCAGGACGCCCAGGCCGUCUUCACCGUCCACAACCGAGACCACCGCAAGGGAGUUUGUGCUUCCAGGUCUAAAGAAGCAGUCUUGGGGACCAUCAGGAUUCCUCUGGCAGAUCUCAUUCACAAAAGGACAGGGAUCCAGGGCUGGUUUGGUCUCUCUCUGCCCCAAGACAUGAGCCCCUCUCAGGCCUCCCACUGUUCCGUAGGGGGCCUGGAGCUCUCCCUCAAUUUUGCACACCACUCUGAUCGCGACCGCAUGGUCAAAGCCGCCCGCGGCAUCGGCUGGGAGCCCGACCAUGGAGAUGAAGAUCAUGAUGAUGAAGAUGCUGCUGAUGAGGACGAGGGUGCCAGAGCGAGGAGCGUGUCCGUGACAGUGGCCGUGCCUCGGGCCUGGCUGCCGCUGCGCAGCCUCGUGCGGCCUGGCGACUCUGACCUCCUACGGUCCACCUACUGCUACUUCAGGUACAAGCUAUACGACCGCGACACCUGCUGCUCUGACCUCCGCCAUCCAGCCCUGGACAAGCCAGCAGGGCUCCGGGAGGAAGAUGACGACGAUGACGACGUCAACGAGGACGACGAGGGGCAGGACGAAGGGGCAGCCAUGACGACGGUCUCGUUCGAGCGCAGCUCCGCGGUGGGCCUGCGCUGGAGGCGGCCGCUGCGCUGGUACCUGCGGGAGGAGCGGCUGGAGGUGCAGGUGUGGGCGGCGUACGGGAAGGGCCGGGGGGCGCGGCCCUGCAACACCGACACCCUGCUGGGCUCCGCCUUCGUGGACCUCUCCGCACUGGCCAAGCCGUCCACUCAGAAGCAGACCAUCAGCGGAGUCUACCCCCUCUUCAGACGCUCCGCAGCCGACCUCAGCGGCGCCGCCCUCAGGGUCCACGUCACCAUGACGCCCGGCCCUGCACUGGCCGGCUACGAGAGCGACCCUCAAGCGGAUGAGGAGGACGAGCAGCAUCAGCAGCAGGCGGAGGAAGAGUGGGAGGACCUGGCGACGAUGACGGGCACCCCCUCACGGCAGUCGCACACGCAUAGCCGCGCCCGUGUGAAGACCGCCUCGAGCAGAGAACCUCCAGGGUCUCCCAGUCCAGAGUUCAGGGAGGAGGACACCUUCAGGGUCACCAUGACUGUGGACAGAGCCAUGCACCUCAGCCUUAAGGGGUGCCCGCUGUCUGAGCAGCGCGGGGGGGUGCCAGGCUACUGUGUGUCCUACGCCACGGCCGGCCCCGCUGGCACGGUCACCACUGACGUCGUGCAGAACAGCAGCUGCCCAGUGUGGGACCAUCAUCUGGAGUGUCGGCUAUCAACACAGCUGCUGUUGGAUCCUCAGCAAUCUCUGGUCUUCAAAGUCUGGCAUAAAGGAGACGUGGAGCGCGUGAUCGGCUUCGCCACGGUGGACCUGUCUCCGCUGCUGUCUGGGUUCCAGGCGGUGUGCGGCUGGUACAACAUCACGGACUUCAGCGGGCAGUGCCAGGGCCAGCUCAAGGUGGCCGUCGCGCCGCUGAGGGGCGUGCACGAGCUGCGCCGGCACAGACAGGCGUCUGCAGAGGAGACCGCCAAAGACUCCAGCGCUGUGUUUAGCGGUCUCCCGCUGUGCUACCAGACGACAGGCCUCUACAGCGCCUUCCCCAGCCACAUCAGCCGAUACACGGAGCAGCGCAUCAACGCCUCCCCUGAGCACCUAGAGCGCCUCCUGUCUGAGAGCAGAUCCAGUGACCGGCAUGAGGAGCACGUGGACAGCGUGCGUCAGUUCCACCAGAGCCUGCAGGAAGGGGAGCAGCGGGGCUCCGCCCCUCAGCCGGGCACCGCCAGCACCGCCGCCGCCGGAGACUCUGACCCCAGCCGCUCCGUCCUCUUCUCCGCACUCAGGAGGAACCUGAGCGAACUGGACGACAUCCAGCGGUACUUCAGCCGUAAGCUCACCACUCCGACCUUCCCCUCCGUGAGCCGACGGGAGGAGGAGGAGGAGGAGGAGGAGGGGGGCAGCGGCGCCCCUCAGCAGCCCCAGGAGGAGCACAGGGACUCGGACACAGAUGCCCAGCAGCUCCUGCUCAAAACCAGCCGCCUGGUGGGGGAGGUCAACAGCCUCUUCAGUGGUACGAGUGAAUCACACGUGCACUUGUCAAACCUUUCUGGCCUGCCGCCACGGCCCGAGAGAGAAGCAGGUCCAUCAGCAGACCAACAGCAGGCUGGGUCCACGGUGGUGCCUCCACCUUCUGAGUCCCUAGACUCUCCUCCAUUCUCCCCCAGAGACUGUAGAACACCUGAGGGUGACGACCCCACAAUGACCUCGUACGACCCUCCAAUGACCUUGUACAACCCCACAAUGACCUUGUACGACCCCACAGUGGCAAGAAAACUUCCUGCAGAAGCCUUGGAGCCUCACAAGGACAACAGACACCCCACUUCUCUGGAGGAGGAAGAGGAGGAGCUCAAAAGGGGCUUCUCUGAGGAAGAAGAGUUGGAGGAGCAGGAUGAGCGUGAGGAAGAAAAGGGAGAGGAAGACGAAGACGAGGAGGAUGAUGAUGAUGAUGACGACGAGGAGUUUGAGGAGACCCUGUUAGAGCCCCGCACCCUGAAUGAGGUCACUUCCUUGACGGACAGAACGAGCCCCUGGACCAGCAUGGUGUCUGACCCUGACCUGUGCUCGGUAGAGGAACUGGAGGAGCGGCCGUCAAGGGACCUCCCCGUGAUGAGGUCCGGCCUGGAGGAGGAGGCUGAGGAAGAGGAGGAGGAGGAGGAGGAGGAUGAUGACUAUGAGGACAGGAGGGACAUAAGGGAGUCCACACAGAUUGAGAACGCCCUGGCUUACUCAUCCAUUAAACUACACCGGCUUCAGGACUCGGACUCUGAAGGCUCAGAUGCAGGGAGUUCUGAUGCAAACGACACUUUGAUCGAGACUAGAGGAACGCCACAGAGACUAGAGGAGGACCAGGACCGCAUGUCUCUAUCACAGCAGCAGGGAGAUUUGUCCUCGGGCACUGAAGAGAACACCACUCCCAGGGGCCCUGGCUACCGACACACAGAGGGGGAGACUUCUGUGAUGUCGGCAAGCGGUGAAAGCAGCACAAGCCCGAAACGAGGUCCUGCCGAUCACAUAGAGGAGCAACAGAAAGAACUCUGUGAUGUGAUGGACUUUCCAAACUUCUUCCUUCCCACUCAACAUCUAGAGGCCUCCAUGAGAGCCCUCCGCCUGGCCCCCGUCUUCCCUCUGGCAACCUCCGACCCAGAGACAUCUCAGGCUACCGGAAUUCCACAUCGGACUCGUCUGAAACCAAAGUUCACACCCUCCGCAGCCAACAGAGAGGAGACCAAGAGGAUAGCAAAAAUAUUUGCCUCUCAUUUUAAGGAUGAACACUAGCACUUUUUAGUUUAUUUUAUUUGUGUGUCUGUGUUUGUCUUUGUGUUUUUAUGUGUCCACAUGUGUUUAGUAAGAGUUUUAAAGCAUUUCAUGACAUAACUUGACUUUGUUUGUUACUCUGUGUGUGUGUGUGUGUGUGUGUGUGUGUGUGUGUGUGUGUGUGUGUGUGUGUGUGUGUGUGUGUGUGUGUGUGUUUGCAUAAUUUAUUACUGUUUGUGACUUUUUUAUACAAUCUAAAGUAUGAAUGAUGUUAAGUGUGGAAUGUGUACAGUGAUUUUUGUAAUGGGUAAAGCAAGUAAUGGGUAAAG